GUUUUUAAAGUCAAGUCUAUCGACAAGACGACAAUUAUUAUAUAUUUUAAAGACAACAUUUUAAGACAGUUUAUGGUUUGAUUUUUGUCAAAAUGAACAAAAUUUUUCCUUUUAAUAAAUUUAUCACGGGCUUGAACAUCAUCAAAGCCAACGGCGGACCAUUAAACGCCUUAAAAAAAUUAUUCAGACAUGAUGAAUUGAAAAUCGGUACACUAGUUGGUACUGAUGAAAUGGGCAAUCGCUAUUAUGAAAACAAUACGUAUUUUUAUGGACGUAAUCGUUGGGUAGAGUACAAUGACCAAGUUUAUUUGAAUUAUGAUGCAAGUCAAAUUACUGCUGAAUGGUAUGGUUGGAUCCAUUACAAAACGGACCUUCUUCCAUAUAAUGAUCCAAACAGGCCGAAGUACAAGUGGAUGGCCAAACAUACAGAAAACGAAACCGGUACCGAACGUCAAUAUGUACCAUAUAGUACAAUGCCACCAAAAAUCCAAGCUUGGGUACCACCAAAUAAGAAUUAAAUUAUGUGGCGCUAUUUAGUGUAAAUACCUAUUAAAAACAAAUUGUUAUUAAUUUCAUUAUUUGAUUAGUUUAACAAAUAUUAAACUUCAAAUAAAUAUUUCAUCAAUUUAUAUUUAGUUAAUAAAUACAAUAGAUAUUA